CGAGAUCCACGAACGAUGGAACGGUCAUAAUACGCCUCGCGCAAAAACUUCCAAACAGUCAAUGCCCAGAAUCGUUGGUGAUGAUGCGAUAUGUACGACCGAAUGGGAGCUUAGUGACGAAUAAUGUGCAGUUCAAUUUUUCCUCGGUGAAUUUUUGCCCGAUCGAUAGGUUGGAAUUUCACCCAUUGACCGAAAAUUUUAAUCUUUUGACUUAUUUGGAGGUGGUCAACAGUACUCCAACGACGUCAAAUGCAACCACACCUCCGGAUAUAUCGAUAAAUGCGGCGGGGACAUUUUCACUGCCGAUAGUUAGCGGUUUUACAUUAAGGCUUCUAGAUUUCACCACUUUCUACACUUUUGACAAUAAUUUUGCUAUCGCAUUCUCUGCUCUUUCGUUGGGUACCACGGCCCCUGCUGCAUUUGUUACAUUUCUCUUCGAUAUCAACAGUGACUUUGUCAACCCAUUCCCCAUUUACCAACCUAACUUCCCAUUGUCUCUUCUCGAAAUUGACGAUUGUGGUGAAGCGACUUUCGAGGGAACAGGUCUCCAAUGUAUCAUCUCCGGAAAAAAACCCGGCGACUCAAGUACAUUCCAAAUCUCAUCUACCUUUCUCACAACGGGGCUCAUAUUGAAUCUUGAUCCGUUGACGGAUGUUCAAAAUAUCACCAAUGUGACUGAUGCAAGAUUUGACCCAUUAUAUUUUGGAGGAUUUUUGCAAAGGUUAUUUACGAAUGUCGGGAUAGAAGGGCAGGUGUAUGACUCACAAGGAAAUUUCAAAUCCUCGUGGGACAUUCCAUUAAAUCUGACUGUGAAUUCGAAGGUUUAUGCUAAUGUCAGCGGGUUUAUAAGUCCCAACAUUGCCACGACUUCAUCACCAAACUUUUCGCAAGUUGCACUGGAAACGACAUCACUCACAAUCACGUUCAACAAGCCAGUAAGACCCUCAAAAGGGAACAUCUCAAUAUAUCAGCAGAAUGAAAAUAAUGAUUUAUUACGGCAAACCUUCUCAGCCAAUUCCAAUUUCGUUACACUGGAUCAGAAUGAUACUUAUAUGAAGGUGACGGUUCUUGAAAGUACGUUCGAUCAGCCUUCGAGCAAUUAUUAUGUGGUAAUCGACGACGAUUUUGUGGUGACGGGAGCAACAAGUGAGGCUGUUGCUGGCGUACCUCCGAGAUUCUGGAUGUUAAGCACACGUGAUGAACACCAGCGAUGUGCUUACAGGCAAGAAUAUUCUUAUUUGGCAUUCAGUCGAAAGUAUGAUGAAUAUGAAUUAUAUAAAUUGAUUGACAUUUGUCAUUCUUCGUUCAUCAAUCAACUCCUCUCACAAAUUUCACUGGCGCUUCCAAUCUCUCCCGACCGUAUUUCAAGUUCAUCUGAAUUUCAAUUUGAGACGAGGGUCACAACGGAUCAAUUACUUUUACCCAUAACCAUAGCGGAAACUCGGAAUACCUUGGAAAGGAGUGCUACUAGUAUGCUAAGAUACUUGGACGUGAUGAUUAGGAAUAAGUGGAUUACGGCAUUGGCAGUUUUGGAUAAAUGGGAAGGAGUUGAUGAGGAUUUUGGAGUUGAUCUAAUAUCAAACGGAGGGGUCAAUUAUAAAUAUGCGACGCUCGGAAUUGCCUUAUCAAUUCUGGCUGUUUUGGCGCUUUGCGUAUUGCUAAUUUCGCUUCCAAUGGCGUUAAACACAACGUUCGCUGUUCUCUUGUUGAUGCAUGAAAUCAACGAAAACCCAUUCUUCUACGAAUACUAUCAAAACUAUGCUUUUGAAUUUAUAAUAGUAUCAUUCUCGGCGAUUGAUGUAGCAUUCCUCGAAUUACUGGAUUCGAAGUUGGGUGGUUGGAGGAUAUUUGGGGCAAGCUACUCCAAACUAGCAACAAGAAACAAAGUUAAGAUUAAGACUAUUAAACAAUCACUUGAUUAUGGCAAAAACUCUUCUUUUAAGAAAAUUUUUACAUGA